AUGGAAAGGGAGUUGCUGCGUUUGAUUGACGUCGCUAGGAGGACUGCCAUGGCUGCUUCCGCAAUCAACAAUGUCUCCCAUUGUGAAGCCGAAGUCUUUCGUUGUUUGGAUGCCCUGAAAAGGCUCCAAGACUUCCCGAUGACACCCAGUCUUAUUGAGUCCACUCAAGGGGAACUCUUCCCUCUCACGAAGCAUCCCAUCGUCAAAAUUCGAACUGCCACCGUCUCUUUGAUUUCGAAAUUGAAGAACACAGUCUCUGAUGCCAAACAGGACAAGAAAAUCAUCGAUGAUACCAGAGAAACCAAGACUAUCGUCAGAGGAAACCUGGUUAUCCGUCUCAAGCUUCAUCGAAAACCAACUGCACCAACCUGCGAUUCCGCGACGAUGUCUCCGACUCAAAAGAAAGCCUCGCCUACCAAUCCAGGCAAUAUCGAUAUCUCACGAGACAAAGUGAGAGAAGUUGUUCAGGAUUCUCUCUCUAAAGCUGUCGCUGAGAAUGGCAGAGUGAGUGAAAUCAACCCAAGUGUUUUGGCAACCAAGAUUGAGUCGGUUAUGUACAAGAUGAUGGGUUCCUUCAAUGGCCCAAAAAAACUCAGGUACAGAUCAAUAUUGUUCAAUCUCAAGGAUCCCAAAAACCCUGACUUGAGGAGGAAGGUUCUCCAUGGGAAGGUUACACCAGAGGCUCUCGUAAGCAUGACCACGGAGGAGAUGGCUAGUCGUCAGAGGCGGAAGGAGUACAAGCAGAUUAGGAAGAAUGCUCUAGCUAAGAAACACAUCGAAGCUAAAAAUCCAGAACAACAAGAGAUGGAGCUCUGA